CCCUCCAUCCAAACACGCCGCAAAGGGUUUCUCCCGCUCGCCAGAGAGAAAAAAAGAAAAAAGAAAGCCAGUUUUUUCCGGCAAGUCGAUUUGCAAUUGCGAUCGUGCUUUUCUGAAUUCAGAUUCCUCCGAGUAGUUGCGCCGGCCACAAUGACGGUGGACGCGGCGGCCUCGGUCUGCAACUUGGGCGUUUUGGACUCUCUAGAAGGCGAGGAUAUCCAGGAAAUUUGGGAGAGCUGGAACGUCUUCUGCUCCGCCACCGAAGCUCUGCUGAAUGGCGGCGGCGAUCUUUCUUCGUUCGGCUCGGAGUUGGUUUCGCAGGUUCACACUCUCUGUAAGCACGGCCUCCAAUCUUUGCUACAGGAUCACUUCCUCGCCUCUCUCCAGGACGUUUUUGAGAAAAAUGGAGCAUUAAAGUUUUGGAAGCAUUUUAAUCAUUACAGCAACAUUGCACCUCCAGAAAUGACCAGGGACCCUAUUCAGAAGGAUAGGGUCCAGCAAGUGCUAUAUAAAGCUUUGGAAGAGAUAUCAUUGGAAAAGCAAUAUCAGGAGAAGUGCCUAUCAAUGCUAAUUCCUGCUUUACAAUUGUACAAAGAUAGUUUUCCGGAUAAAAGACAAAACAUAAAUGCUGAAGGACUACAUCUGUUGUCUAAAUAUCAGUUGAUGGUGUCUUCAGUUCUCAUGGCAACUCUUCCUCGGCAUUUUCCUGAGAUUCUUUAUUCUUAUUUUGUGGGAAGCCUUGAGGAGUUAAGUACAAUGAUGGCUGGAGAGCAUGAAGAUGAUGAUAAUGAAUCACAAAAUAAAGAUGACAUGGAUCUAGAUGAAAAAAGUACACUCUUUUAUCGAACUGGUGAAAUGGAUUUUGAUAGAUGCUAUGGCCAGAAAAGGCUUAUGGAGAACAGCAAACUAGUGAAGAAUAUUGGAAUGGUUGUCCGUGAUCUUAGAAGUCUUGGAUUUACAUCUCUGACUGAGGAUGCCUACGCUUCUGCUAUCUUUUUGCUUUUGAAGGCUAAAGUUCACAAUCUGGCUGGUGAUGAUUAUAGGAGUUCUGUAUUGGAGUCCAUUAAAGGCUGGAUACAGGCUGUGCCUCUGCAGUUCUUACAUGCACUUCUUGCUUAUCUUGGUGACUCUGUCAGUAAUGAUAACCCUUUGGAUUUGAAAUCACCCCUGGCAUCACGUCCAUCUUCAUAUUAUGCGGGAAUAGAAAAUCCCUCGGAAGGACUUGUUAGAUGGCAGUUGCGGCUAGAGUAUUUUGCUUAUGAAACAUUGCAAGACUUAAGAAUUGCCAAACUUUUUGAAAUUAUUGUGGACUAUCCUGACAGCUCCCCUGCUAUUGAAGACUUGAAACAGUGUCUUGGGUAUACUGGACAACAUUCAAAGCUGGUUGAUUCAUUUAUCUCUGCGCUAAAAUAUCGUUUGCUUACAGCUGGUGCUUCAACAAAUGAUAUAUUGCACCAGUACGUUUCAACUAUUAAAGCACUGCGGACAAUAGACCCUGCAGGUGUUUUUCUUGAAGCAGUUGGUGAACCAAUAAGGGAAUACCUGAAGGGGCGAAAAGACACGAUCAAAUGCAUCGUGAUGAUGCUUACUGAUGGGACAGGUGGAAGUUCUUCUGGACCUGGAAAUACAGGGGAUAGCCUUCUUGAAGAAUUAAAUAAAGAUGAAGAAAGUCAAGAAAAUACUGCAGUGGAUGAUGAUAUCAGCAUUGAUGACAAGCAGGCAUGGAUUAAUGCACAAAACUGGGAGCCUGAUCCUGUAGAGGCUGAUCCCUCUAUAGGUAGCAGAAACCAAAGGAAGGUCGAUAUCCUUGGCAUGAUUGUCAGCAUUAUUGGUUCAAAAGAUCAGCUAGUUAAUGAAUAUCGUGUUAUGCUCGCUGAGAAACUUCUGAAUAAAUCUGACUAUGACAUAGAUGCUGAGAUACGUACUCUGGAACUCCUCAAGAUACAUUUUGGAGAAAGCAGCAUGCAGAGGUGUGAAAUAAUGCUUAAUGAUCUUAUUGAUUCAAAACGGACAAAUGCAAAUAUAAAAGCAACUAUAAAUCAGCCAUCUCAAGCAGGAGCGGAGGCCUUGGGAGAAAAUGGGGUGUCCCUGGACAUUCUUAAUGCCACUAUCAUAUCUUCAAAUUUUUGGCCACCUAUCCAGGAUGAAGCACUUAGCAUUCCUGAGCCUGUGGAUCAACUACUGAGUGAUUAUGCUAAAAGGUUCAAUGAAAUCAAGACCCCUCGGAAGCUGCUGUGGAAGAAAAAUCUUGGUACAGUCAAGUUGGAGUUGCAAUUUGAAGAUCGAACCUUACAAUUCGCAGUCACUCCUGUGCAUGCCUCAAUCAUUAUGCAAUUUCAAGGUGAAACAAGCUGGACCUCAAAGAAUCUUGCAGCUGCUAUUGGGAUCCCUGUUGAUGUACUUAAUCGGAGAAUAAAUUUUUGGAUAAGCAAGGGAAUUCUUUCAGAAUCAUCGGGAGCAGAUCCUAGUGACCGUCUAUUUACCCUGGUGGAUGGCACAGUUGACACUAGCAAGACUGGGGCUAGCAGUGGAGGGUGUGAGGAGCUUUUAGUGGGUGAUGACGAGGGAGAGAGAUCAGUGGCUUCUGUUGAGGAUCAAGUGCGGAAAGAGAUGACUGUGUAUGAGAAAUUUAUCACAGGGAUGCUAACAAAUUUUGGCAACAUGGCAUUGGAUCGAAUUCAUAAUACCCUCAAGAUGUUUUGCAUAGCUGAUCCUCCGUAUGACAAAUCACUCCAACAGCUGCAAAGUUUUUUAUCUGGUCUAGUUGCAGAAGAAAAGUUAGAGCUAAGAGAUGGAAUGUAUUUUCUGAAGCGGUGAUGAACUGAUGGAAUUGCAUUAUCAUGGAUAUCAUCAACAUCUACUGGACUCCAUGGCCCAUCAUUGAGUUUCCAUCUUUUUCGCGUAUUUUGGGCAGUACAAAUUGGCCCCACCAACAGUGUUGCAGUCAUCAGAGCCCAACUCUGGCCAUUCAGUGACACUAGUUUGGAAAGGUUGAGCUCUGCGUUGUUGCAAGUAUGUAGCUUUUCUUGUCAUCUUUUUGUUUUUUUUUUAUAAGAUGCAAUAUCUUGAAAAAUUUAUUGAUCUAUUUCAUUUUCCAAAAUCUUUUUGUAUUUGACCAAGUUGUUACUCUCAGUUAAGAAUUUGAACAGUUGUCCAAUUAUGUGGUGUUAGUUUUGCACUUUGGUCUGAAGGGAGAUAUGUUUGGGCAUCCAAUUGUGUGUAAUAGGGAUCCUCUUUUCAUGUACAUGUAAAUGUAAAUGUCACAUAAACAAUGAUGUUCUUGCAAUCUAUAAUCCCUCUAGUAAAGAGUCUCCUCUUUAUACA